AUGGAUCAGUCGGUACGCAAGCAUCUCCCCUCCAAGUUGGAGUCGCUGCCCACCGAGCUGCUCGAGGCCAUCUUAUCCGCCUCACGCUCGAAAAUCGAUCUCCACGCUCUCAUCAGUGCCUCGCCCCUGCUUUACAGAGUGUUCCUGUCAGCCAAGCGGGCAGUCUUCGUCAGCAUUUUGGCCAGGGAUCUGGGUCCGGCCCUGCGGGACGCCGUAGCUCUCACCACCCCAGCUCCAGCCAAAGACGACUACCACAGAGAUGAGGAAAAAGCAAAAAGGAUAAUACAGCAAUAUCGGGCACUGCCCCGCGGCGAGCAAGGUCUGAUACCGGCAACCGUCGACGAAGCCGUGGCACUGCUCCACGUGAAUCACAGCGUUCAAUUCCUCGUCGACGAAUUCGCGACGUCGAGGCUCCCGGAGCUCGAAAAGAUACGCCCAGACGCCGCCCGUCCACUCACAUUCACAGAACGUUGGCGCUUGGCGCAGGCCCUGCUACGACAUCAAAUGCUAACCACCGUCAUCCAAGGCCGUGAUGAUACCCCACCGCGAGGAUCCACGAUCCUCCCUGACUUCUUCGGCCUCUUCAACCCUUGGGAAAUGCACCAGCUGGCCGACGUCCACUCUUUCGUCUGCGAAGCCGUACACGAGGCCUUCUUUUACUGCCGGGAAACGAACAGGAAGCCAAGGCUGAUGGAUAGCCCUCCUACGGAGUUGCAGAAGGAGAGAGCCGCGGCGUACUGCGAUCUCUCUGCACUGCACCGAAAACUCGUCUCGGAGCGAGCUCGCCUGGAUGCUGAUCCGGGGAUCACAGCGGCACCGUGGCAGCCCCGACAGAGAACGCGGCCCUACGGGGCCGACACGAAGAACAUCGCGGCCCGGUUCAACUGCCUCGUAGCAGGGCCCUUACCCGUGGUCCAAGGCUCCCAUAGGGUGGCGGAAGAACACAGGGACGUCCGUGACGAGCUGUAUCGGCGCGAGGAUGCGAUGCCGCCCUUGACGCACGACGAAGACGACUAUUCAGGCCCGCCGUUCGGGUGGGUUGAUGCUCAUGGCAGGAUCGACUGCCAGCGAUGGGGCAAGCAUGCUCGCCGCGAGGUGUUACCGCCAGGUCAGGAGGAGUUUGAAAUCCGUCAACGAGGUUGGAUGACGCAGCAACUGGACCAGUGGCGCUGGCUGGGCUUCGCCUUCUGGGACCGGGAUCGUGUCGAAUUGCUCAAGGCGCGGAUGCCGGCGUGGAAAGCCGGAUGGCUUACGGUCGCGCCCCCGCCUGAGGAGGAGUGUGAGAUAUACACAACGCCCCAGCAGCCCAGGAUUCGGCGUACCAGACGUCGUGCUAGAGAGUCUGCUCCGGAGAUUACUCCAGGUGUUGAAUGA